GCUGAUUUUUUUAUCUUGUGUUUUAUCUUUGUUCCAUUUUCUCUUGCAUGAUGUCCAGUCAAAUAUCAGGACAUUUUUUGAUUUAUAUAGUAACAGUAAAAAAAACAAACAUUUUUUAGAGUCAUGCUUUAAUUCAGGGAUAAAUUGAGCAAUUAAUCUGCAUAGCAAAUACAUUCAAGAGCAGGAAGUGAGGCAGUAAACACUUAUAGGGCAGCUAUGGAAUUUAUUUGUGUAAAAGAGGAAGCAAAUAACUACAUGAAUGUUAGUCAGAGAGGGAACAAUGAGGAAGUUACUGUAAAAAAAGAGAGAAAGAGAGAGAGAAACACAUCUUACAUAUCACUCCAGCUGCAGCCAAGCUUGUUGAGAGCUUCUCUGGCAUCAUGGCAGAGCUCAGUUUCAACGUUGAUCACGGCUAUCUGGAAGGUCUGGUUCGAGGGAUGAAGGCUGGGAUUUUGACUCAGACUGACUACCAGAAUCUGGCCCAGUGUGACACACUUGAUGACAUGAAGCUGCACCUGCAGAGUACAGACUACGGGAAGCUGCUGUCCUCGUCUGAACAGGAUCUGACUGUGUCUGUGGUGGACAGCAAGCUGACAGAGAGCCUGGUCACUGAAUUCAGCUGCCUCCGUUCCAGCGCUCUGCCACCACUCUCCACCUUCCUUGACUACAUAACUUACAGCUACAUGAUCGACAAUGUAGUGAUGCUCAUUACUGGGGCCCUGAAACAGAGAGAUGUGGCAGAGCUUCUCCCCCGGUGUCACCCACUGGGAGCUUUCGACCAAAUGGCAGCAGUGGGCAUUGCCCGCACCCCGACUGAACUCUACUCAGCGAUCCUGGUGGACACACCACUAGCUCAGUUUUUCCAGGAUGUCGUAUCCGAGGCCAAACUGGAUGAAAUGGAAGCUGAGAUCCUGAGAAACAAACUGUAUAAGUCAUAUUUAGAGUCCUUCCACGCCUUCUGUAAGGACAUUGGCGGUGCCACAAAGGAUGUAAUGUGUCCGGUCCUGGAGUUUGAGGCAGACAGGCGGGCCUUCAUCAUCACUGUGAACUCCUUUGGGACAGACCUUAGCGGUGCAGACAGGAGUGCACUGUAUCCAUCCUGUGGCAAACUCUACCCUGAAGGGCUGCGGCUGCUCACCAUGGCAGAGGACCACGAGCAGGUCAAAGCUGUGGCUGACUGUUACCCAGAAUAUAAGACCAUUUUUGGUGACCCUGAGCCGGGAUCACAUUUUAAGACUCUGGAGGACAGAUUCUUUGAACAAGAGGUGAAACUGAACAAACUUGCCUUCCUGCAGCAGUUCCACUUCGGAGUGUUUUACUCCUACAUCAAACUGAAGGAGCAGGAAAGCCGUAACAUCAUCUGGAUCGCUGAGUGUGUCACGCAGAGACAGAAAUCCAAAAUACAUAACUACAUACCCAUCUUCUAAGGAGCAAGCACUAAAGAAAACAUGU